AUGCAGUGGCGGCCUGGGUUUGCAGAGUAUUCCAGGGACUUCAAGGGCAUUGCUCGGAUCUCCAACGAGGAUGGGCUUUUCUUCGCGAGGUUACUUUCCAACGGCUCGUCUGUACGGAUUUCCGUUCCGUCCAACACCUCCGAAGCGCACGAGGAAGUACUUUACCAAGACAAUGACAUUUCGGGUGGUCUCGUCUCCGGGUUUUCUAGCUGGGGUCCCACGCCCGAGGGCAAGAGUUACCCGUCCUUCAUCGCACCGGGGGAGAACAUUCUCAGUACUUUCCUGCCGAGAUACGGCGGUGUGGCAGUCGUUGGUGGAACGAGCAUGUCGAAUCCGUUUGCCGUGGGCGUGUACGCCCUGGUGAAGGAACGGCAUCCGGACUACAAUCCGCAGCAGAUUCUUGCGGUGGUGGCAUCUACUGCGAAGCCUGUGCAGUUCAUUGAUGAUGCAAGGCAGAAGAAGGACGUUUUGGCGCCGGUGUUUAGUCAAGGUGGUGGACUUGUUGAUGCAUGGGAUGCGGUUCACACCGUUUCGUUGGUGAAUGUCUCGAGUUUGGACUUUAAUGACACGGCGCAUCGUCCUGAAUCGCUGAAGUUCAGUUUAAGGAAUACUGAGAAAGAGAUGUUGAAGUAUCAGUUGAGGCAUCUGGGUGCGGCAUUGGGGUAUAUCCUGAGCGAGGCGGAUCCCUACGGUUUGUCCGGCGCGGAAGGGUAUCCGGUGUAUGCGGACGUGGAUAUCUCCCCAGCAGAGGUGGAGCUUGCUCCGGGCGGAUCUACAUCAAUCUCGGUAUCCGUCAGAUCGAACCCAGCGCUUCCGGAGACCUCUAGGGGCGUCUUCUUUGGAGGCUACAUCGAGAUCGUGUCCUCUGCAACUGAGGCGAAUACCCUCACAGUUCCAUACGGGGGCUUCAGCACGCCCCUGGUCAAUAUCCCAAUGAUCAACCCCAACGCAUCGCACCUCGUCAAAGUUGACCCCUCCACAAACCUCGACACGGAGGUUGAACCCGACACACUCUUCACCUGCCUCUUCAACGGGACCAUCCCCAAGCCGGCGUGGCCUGUGAGCUGCGACCUCGGCUUCCCCGGCUUCCGAAAGGUGUUUGUCACCGCGAGCCGGGAACAUACCUACGACCUGGUCAGCGCCGACACGGGGGAGGAUAUCUUGACUGGGACGUUCAAGGGGAGUGCGGAAAAUUGGGCUGCGCCGUCGAGUUGGUGGGUUUGGGAUGGGUCAGAGGAGGAUCGGAAGUAUGUACCUCUCGGACCUUCUUCCCUGACCCGUGGUCUGGUUGCUGAAACUUACGUCCAUCUCAAGGAGGUCAACAUCAUUCAGAUCUACUAUCUUUGCUCAUCCUUCAAAUCCUCCACCAGAGCAAAACUAGAAGGACCCAAGACCAUGGCUUAA